AUGUUGGCACCCACUUUAACAACCACUGACAGACUACCAUUUGGUCUAUUUUCACAACUCAAGUUGCUCAAAAUGAACAAAAGUGGCAUUAUUUUGCAGUUUUGUUUGCUUUUAGGCCAAAACAUAAAGACCUUUUUAAUAACAUUUCUUUGUCGUUUGCACUUGGUUUUUUAUGAGUCAAUUUUCAGACCUCAAAAGUUAUCCAAAAUACUUACAUUCUUUUUUAUAAAGCAUCCUUUGUUUUUAAUAAGAUGGGCUCCACAACUUUCCACUGACAAUAACAGGGCUAAAUCGCUCAAUCUAAUAAGUUGCAAUUAUUUUCACAAAAUAAUUUUUUCAAAUAUUUUAUGUCAGAACCACAAGGAUCUGGCUAGCCGUGUGUAUGUGUGUGAAGAAGCAUUUACUCAUCUCCUUGUUAAAUAUUUAUUAGGACCACCAAAAUGUGUAAGGUAUUUGAAAAGGACUGGACUAGUUCAGUCUGCUUCAGUUUUUAAAGGUGGUCUAGGCUUCUCAGCCCUCGGAACGUAUGUAAAUGACAACCCUAGUAUCUGUCAUUUAACCGUAAUGUCACAUAAACGGGGAAAGGAACUUCUAUGGGCGCCUCCAUACCCUAAGGGGACAAAUGGUCAAGAAUCCAAAAUCGCUCAAAAUUUCCCUUUUCUCCAGAGUUGA